AUGUCACACACUCGUUGGCCAUGCGAAGGUGAAGUCUGCGGAAUUAACAACUGUCAGAAGCGACAUCACCGUUUACUUCACAGUGAACCACUGAAGAAAUCAAACGGGAAUUCUACAGAUGCUACCGUCACCAUUCACCGGAUUCCGGUUUCGUCAACGUUGUUCAAGAUAAUUCCUGUAACGUUGUACGGAAACGGCGCACUGUACACUUACGCGUUUCUGGACGACGGCUCCUCUGUAACUCUUAUGGAACAGGCGAUUGCAGACGAGUUAGGGGUGGAUAGUCGAGCACGUUCCCUGUGCAUCCAUUGGACGAGUGGAAUAAAUAAGAAGAUAGAAACUACGGUGGUGGAUAGGCUGAGCAUAUCGCAGACAGGUAGCGGCAGAAAAUUUCAGCUAACCGAAAUAUAUACAGUCGACAACCUAGGGCUACCGGAACAAUCGCUGGACUUUGAGCAGUUAGCAAAGAAAUUCCAGCAUUUGCGACAUCUACUGGUCACAAGUUUACAAAGAGUCGUUCCUGGACUGCUGAUUGGGUUGAGUAACUCACACUUGCUGACCACAACGAAGCUUCGCGAAGGAAAUGAGGAUGAACCGAUCGCUGCGAAGACUCGUAUCGGCUGGGUCGUAUGUGGCCGCGUACUAGGGGAAGAAAACAAUUUCCUGCAUCGUCAAAUGCACAUCUGUGCGGAUUCGACUGAACGCGAUCUUCACGACUACGUGCAGGAGUUUUUCUCGAUAGAAAGCCUAGGAGUGGCUAUAUCUCCUAACGUGGAAGGAGCCGAUGACCAACGGGCACGCAGAAUACUUGAAGAAACGACAGUUCGGACAGAAAACGGAAGGUUCGAAACCGGGCUAAUCUGGGCGCAAGACGACAUCAAAUUCCCGGAUAGUAAACCGAUGGCCGAGCGUCGAUGGAGAUGCCUGGAGAAACGACUUGAGAAGGAUCCUCAGUUAUACGACAGCGUACGACAGCAGGUGACAGAUUUUGAAUCGAAGGGCUACAUCCACGUAGUAACCGAGAAAGAAAUGGCAGAAUUUGAUCCUCGGCGCAUCUGGUACCUUCCGUUAGGCGUGGUACAGAAUCCAAACAAGCCAGGACGGAUACGAGUUAUCUGGAACGCGGCCGCAAAGGUGAACGGUGUGUCGCUGAAUACGAUGCUCCUGAAGGGUCCGGAUCUAUUGACGCCACAGUUACAUGUUACGUUCAAGUUUCGUGAAAGGGAAGUUGCCUUUUCCGGCGAUAUCCAAGAAAUGUUCUUGCAGCUCGGAGUUAGGAAGAGUGACCAAAGCGCACUUUUGUUCGUUUUUCGUAAAUCAUCCGGCGAACCGUUAAUCACGAUGGCGUGCAAUGUUGCUAUCUUCGGAGCGACUUGUUCUCCGGCGCAGUCGCAGUAUGUGAAAAACUUGAAUGCAACUGAGAAUGAGCAAGAAUUCCCUAAGGCGGCAGCGGCUAUCAAGGAGAAGCACUACGUCGAUGAUUACCUCGACAGUCUCGACACUGAAGAAGAGGCCGUAAAAUUGGCGAUGGAAGUAGCUGAAGUUCACCGAAAAGCAGGUUUUCGUAUACGCAACUGGGUUUCAAAUCGACCUUCAGUCCUGGAAGCCAUCGGUGAAGUGCGCCCCGCUGAGGUGAAGGACCUUACAAUGAACAGCCAAAGCGGGUUGGAACGCGUUCUUGGUUUAUCCUGGCUGACGACCGAGGAUGUGUUCUGCUUUAAGUUUAAUCUGCAAGAUGAUCUGAAGUCGCUCGUAGAAGGGAACAUUAUGCCGACAAAAAGAAUGAUGCUGAGCUUUGUGAUGAAAAUCUACGACCCCUUGGGGCUGGUCGGUUCACUACUAAUUCAAGGAAAGAUCCUGUUGCAGGACGUUUGGAGAACAAAGCUAGGCUGGGACGAUCGCAUACCCGAAAAUUUAUUCAUACGGUGGAAGCAUUGGUUGCAAGUUCUCAAGGAGAUGGACAACGUCCGAAUUCCCCGAUGCUACUUUCCAGGAUAUGAUCCUGCCUGUUACGAAGACCUGGAGCUUCACAUUUUUGUAGACGGCAGUGAGCAAGCCUAUUCUGCAGCAGCGUACUUUCGUGUUCGAGAUCAAGGACAAAUUCGAUGCGCCCUGGUUUCCUCCAAGACGAAGGUAGCUCCACUACAGCAAACGUCAGUUCCUCGACUAGAGUUGCAGGCAGCUGUAAUUGGUGCCCGCUUACGCAAGACUAUCGAAGAUGGCCACUUGGUACAAGUCAAACGAACUUCUGGAGCGAUUCCAGCACCGAUAUCUCAUGGAUCAAGUCAGAUACUCGCCGAUAUCGACAGUACGUGGCGUUUAGAGCCAACGAGACCCUAUCCCUGUCGAAAACCGAUGAAUGGCAGUGGCUGGGAACUAAAAAAAACGUCGCUGACGAAGCCACGAAGUGGGGCAAAGGCCCGAACUGCAAGCCCGGCAGCCGAUGGAUGCGUGGACCCGCCUUUCUUUACCAGGAAGAUAAGGAUUGGCCGGCGGACAAGUUCACGAUAG